AUGAAUGAAGAUACGAUAUUCAACGAUAAAGUGAAUGAAAAUACGAUAUUCAACGAUAAAGUGAAUGAAAAUACGAUAUUCAACGAUAAAGUGAAUGAAAAUACGAUAUUCAACGAUAAAGUGAAUGAAAAUACGGUAUUCAACGAUAAAGUGAAUGAAGAUACGAUAUUCAACGAUAAAGUGAAUGAAAAUACGAUAUUCAACGAUAAAGUGAAUGAAAAUACGAUAUUCAACGAUAAAGUGAAUGAAAAUACGACAUUCAACGAUAAAGUAAAUGAAAAUACGAUAUUCAACGAUAAAGUGAAUGAAAAUACGAUAUUCAACGAUAAAGUGAAUGAAAAUACGAUAUUCAACGAUAAAGUGAAUGAAAAUACGAUAUUCAACGAUAAAGUGAAUGAAAAUACGAUAUUCAACGAUAAAGUGAAUGAAGAUACGAUGUUCAACUAUAAAGUGAAUGAGAGAGAGAAGAAAGUGUUAUCUCUCGAAAGCACAAAUCUCCAAGGGCUGUGGUAA